AUGACAUUCCUCAGCACCUUACUCGCACUCCCGCCGAUACCCGCUAUCUUCACAGCAUGUGCGAUCUAUAUCGCCGCCACAUGCAUAUACCGACUCUACCUGCACCCGCUGUCGCGCGUCCCCGGGCCUAAACUGGCCGCAUUAACGCUGUUCUAUGAAGCUUGGUACAACCUCUUUGCUCAAGACGGCAGAUUCAUCUUUCAUGCCGAGAAUCUUCACAAGAAGUACGGACCAAUCGUUCGCAUCGCACCAAACGAGGUUUCCAUUAGCGAUCCUGAUUUCUAUAACAAAGUUCACUAUCCCGGAUCGCAAUUCGAGAAGGACCCUGUGACGUAUGAAGCCUUUGGCUUCGGCGAUUCGAUCUUCAACACGCGUACCAACGAGCUGCAUGCGAAGCGCCGUGCACCUAUCAAGGAUUAUUUCUCGCGACGCAGCAUUUUGGCAAUCGAGCCAGUUCUUCUGAAUACCAUCAAGAAAUUCUUGGGCAGGAUUGAUGCAGCCAUAGCUAAGCAGCCGGAACGGUUGUUUGACAUCCAGAAUGGACUGAGAGCAACAUCGGUGGAUAUGUCGACGACCUUUUCGUUUAAUUUUCCGUUGGGCAUGCUGGAUAUGGAGGACCUGGGAAAGAGGUUUUCGGAGGAUGGACAACGAAGGCUGAAGGGGUUUUGGGUGGUGAAGUAUUUCCCAUGGUUGCCAACGGUGCUGUCGGUGCUUCCAAAGUGGUUGGAGAAGUGGGUGUUGCCAGCUAUUCAAAGUUUGAAGGAUUUGACGAUGAUGUCGAGGGGCUCCUUUGAUAGCAUCAAGGUGUCCGGAGAGACAGGCACAAGCAUCUUUCACCACUUGUUGAGCCCAGAGAAUUUGAAAAGGGAUCGGCUGUCGGACGACGAUAUCAUCCAGAACGGUGUUGUAUGUUUUGCCGCCGGCGCAGAGACAGUAUCGUACACACUUAUCAUGACUGCCUUCGGCGUAGUCUCGAACCCCGAUGUAGAAGAGAAACUAUAUAUGGAGCUUCAUGAGGCAUUCCCGGAUCCUAACGAAUUAUGCCUCGCGAAGUUGGAGAAACUCCCUUAUCUUAUUGCGGUAGUGAAGGAGGGACUACGACUCGCUCCUGGUGCCUUUGGAUAUACCCCCAGAGUGACGCCGAAGGGUGGGAUCACAUAUAAGGAAUAUACUCUACCUCAUGAGAGUGUCAUCUCAACUUCGGCAUUCUAUCUGCACUACAACCCCACAAUAUUUACCAACCCCGAGAAGUUUGACCCCGAAAGAUGGCUAUACCCCGACAGCAAGAAUCUCGAGAAGUAUUUGGUACCAUUUGGAAGAGGCCAAAGAAUGUGUGUUGGAAUGAGUCUUGCAUACUGGGAUGGACUACUUCUCGGGAUUUCCAGCAAAGGGGAGUAG